AGUAAAUGGGAGGAGACACUGGUGGUGGAGGCGGCGUAUAAUGUGAGGUGUAUGUGUUUUUUGUUGGGAGAUGUGAAGGGGGCGAAGGCGGUGGCGGAGAGGUGGUUGGUUUUGGAGUGAUGGGUUUGGAACAUUGAUGGGAAAAAAGUGCAAAGGGUGGUGUUUGUCUAGCUCAUUCCUUGCUCACUCCCUCUGGAUUGCUCAUUCGACAACUAGCUGCGAAUACAACCACCCACAUAGACGAAGUAUUCCUUCCUUAGGAAGGACCAAACACAAUGAGAUGCUGUCGAGUGUUCCUUCCUUUGGGAAGGAUGGAAAAAUCUGUUGUUGUUGCUGCUGUUGGCGCUGCUGGAUCUUUUACCUUCCUUCUUGGUUACUCUCAGCUUUGAAAGCAACUAUGGUCGCGACAACGAGAGCAAAGGCGGCUACAGCCAUGAGCAGCUACGACGACGACCCCUCAGAGGCCACCUUCCAUGACGACCCGUCAGACAUUAGCGACGAUGACGACCCGUUAGACAUGGACAUCAACGACGAUGACGACCUGUCGGACAUGGACAUUAGCGACGAUGACGACUUGUCGGAUAUGGAUAUCAGCGACGAUGACGACUUGUCGGAUAUGGAUAUCAGCGACGAUGACGACUUGUCGGAUAUGGAUAUCAGCGACGAUGACGACCUGUUAGAUAUUAGCGACGAUGACGACGAAGUGGAAACAGAUACUAGCCCCGAGUCACAUACCAGCCCAAAGUCACAUACCAGCCCCGAGUCACUGUAUAUUUUUAAUGCAUACGGCGCCUAUUGUACCAUUGCUGCUGGCCGCAAAUUGCAAAUCGCCCAAGCGUUGCCUUCUGUACAAACACUGGUUGAAACCAUGUUGAGCCUAGAAUUGCAAUGGGCACCCGGGCUUUGCUCAUUACUUAACGCCCCCAAUCCUCCUAAUCUGAACACACAGCCCCCUCCAGCUCCCACCACGCCUGGCUCCCACGCCGCCCCUGCUCCUGCCGCUGGCUCUGCCCCUCCUGCUGCCGGCCCUGGCCCCUCCGAUGUUGUCUCUGUCGCGGACGAUGACGAGCCCGAGCCCAGCCCCUCUGAUCGCAAGGGCAAGGGCAAGAGCACGAAGAAGGAGGAGGAGAACAAGCAUCGCGGUGUCCUUCCUUCGAUUCGCGCCAAUGCCCUUACAUCCUUACCGGAGUUCUCCUCCCACGACAACUAUGCUUGGGCAGUUUACCUUUUGAUCCUCCAAUGCGACGGACAAUUACCCUUAGUUUAUGUUGGUUCGGGCACAAACAGGGCAAUAGGCGUACACGACAGGUUCAACGACUACAGCCAAGGGAAGAUGCUUUCGAAAUAUACCGCCGCGGCCAUUGCGAAGGGUUAUACAAUUACCCACAGAAAAACAUUGGUGAAGAAACCAUGUCCAUUCCCAGCUCGUCUCCACAACCCAGCUCGCGCCCUCUUCCAUAUCUUAGAGACUGCCAUAACAUUCAGCCUCUAUGCUUACAAAGACCGAAGCAUCGUCAAUCCUACAAUGACAAACACCCAGUGGGCUUCGUCCAUCCUAUACGGGGGAUUAUGUUCCCAUUUGGUUUGGAACGAAGGUUUUAAACUACCUAUAGUGUAUUCGUCUGGCCUCACAGGAGCCGAACUUGAAGCCUCCAUACGUCUUACAGAGGAACGUGCUAGGGAAGCCAAAGUCCAAUAUCGGAAAGAGAGGUGGGCGGCAUACACCGAUGAACAGAAGGCGGAAAUAAACGCCAAACGAAGAGAACAUCGCCAAAACCUUAAGGAAACCGACCCAGCAGGGUAUACAGCUUUUCUCGCGAAAGAGAAAGCAUCUCAGCUUGAUGCUCAAGGUUGGAGGGAGAGAAGGGCUAGGAUUAAGCAAGACCCAGUCAAAUAUAAAGUAUAUAAGGAGAAAGAAGAAGCCAGGUAUCGGAAGCGGCGGCUUCAAAUGUUUAUACAACAUAAGGCCAAGAUGGCCAAGGUUAGGGCGGAUCCUGUAAUACACGACGAGUACAAGGCGAGGGUACGUAGGGAGUACAAGGCCAGGAUGGACAAGCUCAAAGAGGAUCCCCUAGCACUCGCCGCACACAAGGCAAAGCAGGCUGAGAACAAUAAGAGAUAUAGUCAGAAGAAGAAGAAGAUGGAGGUCAAGGAGGAUCCCCUAGCACUCGCCGCACACAAGGCAAAGAAGGCUGAGUACAAUAAGAGAUAUAGGCAGAAGAAGAAGAUGGAGGUCGGGAAGGCCGUCGAGGCGUUACACUAGACCGUUCAAGAAGAGAUUCAGGAGGUGGACGAAGCCGCGUGGAGGUGGAGAACAUGGUUAUGCCGGCAAAGAACUGAUCGAUGAAGACGAUAGUGAUGGGGAGGACAUGGAGGUUUAUCUGAAAGAGCAUGGUUACACUUUUGAAGGAGAGAUUACCGAGGAGGACGAGGAAUCAGUUUAUGACCUUGAGGAGGUCCCUAAUACUACUGCAUCUACUUACUCGUCGGUCCCUGUGGAGGACGACCCGCGCCGAACCUGCUGGGGGAAGUGAACAGCGGUGGCGGAAGCUUAAUUUUACUUCCGAUGAUAACUAUUCUAGGAGGUGUUUGUAUGUUUGUUCCCC